AUGUCAGACAGUCCAAAACCAACCACAGUUGAUAGUCUUAGAAAAGCGCUCGAAGAGCUCGGGCUCGACUCGCGUGGGCACAAACCAGAGUUAAAGAAGCGUUUGCGCAAGGCAACCAAGCAGAAUGUCAACAAAAAUGAGUCAUUAGAACCUGUCAAGGUUGAAUUGCCAGAGACAAAACAAGACAUCAAGACAAAACUGCCUCUGUAUGAUUAUUAUCUUUUCUUUGACGUUGAGGCGACGUGCGAGGUUAACGGUGGCUUCGAGUUUCCUAAUGAAAUCAUAGAGUUCCCUGUUGUGCUAGUGGAUGCAAACACCUUUAAAAUAGUAGAUGAAUAUCGAUCCUAUGUAAAACCAACAAUCAAUCCUACGCUAACAAAAUUUUGCCUUGAAUUGACUGGCAUUGACCAAGCUACAGUGGAUAACAGCCCUUGUUUUAUUGACGUUCUCGAUGAUUUUCAAGAAUUUCUUGGCAAAUGGUCAUUAUUUCAGAAAAAAUCUGCUGUGUUUGUAACAGAUGGUCCGUUUGAUAUUAGAGACUUUAUCACAAAACAAUGCAAGCACAGUAAUCUCAAGAAACGCCCAGCCUAUUUUUCUACACCAUGGAUUAAUAUUCGCAAACUAUUCCGCGAAUUUUAUAAUUAUCCCGUAAACAAGAAUAUUGGAGCAAUGCUAGAAGCUCUUGACAUGAAAUUUGAGGGUCGUGAACAUUCCGGUCUCGACGAUUCUCGAAAUCUAGUGGCAAUUGGAAGGAAAAUGUGGGAGGAUGGUUGUGUGUUCAAGACAAAUAUAAAAUGGAAGGCACCUCACAAGAACAUUCGAAAGAGAUAG